GUGUGCGUUUCCUGCCCGUCGCUGGGAAACGUGAAUGUUUGAAAGGCACAUGCGUUUUAGUGAAGUCAAAUCGAACAUAAAAAUAGGCACGUUUAAACGUGGAAUAUGGAAAUGUCAUCAGACUUAUUAAAAUCUUGACCGUAUUUUUUGUGGAACUAACGUUUUUUUUUCACGUUAACAACGAGGACUGUCGUUAGCGUAAGGUUACCGGUCAGUUGAACUUUGUGGUUGCACGAUGCUUCCUUGCACCUUGACUUACUUGUAGUGUGAAUGUAGCUACCAGUAAAACAUACUUUCUUUUCCAAUUCUGACACUUUCGUAGUUCUUGGCUAAACCAGUUUAGGUAUGGCUUUGACCCAAGGCAAACAUAGAGAAAGUAGCCCAUAUCAUGUAUUUUCUAGCUAACUAGCUAGCUAUCAUAGUAAGCUAACGUUGGCAUAGCUAGCUUUCCUAGCUAGUUGUGCUGUUAUAUUUUUUUGAUUCUGUGGUUGUGACAGGUGAGGUAAGUGAAUUAGCUUGCUAGUUGACAAAUACAAUUAGGUUCGCCCGUGUUUGAAGCAGUAUCCAAUUACUUCUUGAAUGUUUACAAUUAGCUCAUACCAAAUUCUAGUUUAAGGGUAGUUAACAUUUUGUCAGUUACUCUUGUAGCGUGCACUGAAGUUAGCCUUUCGUUUUUCCAUUCUGACAGUGUUUGAGGACUAACUUCCACAUAUAGCCUGUCAGGCGAAGUAUGUGUAGGGUCAUGUCAUCCUAAUCUGCUCAGAACUGAGUGCAGCCUCCUUUACACCGAUGGGAUUAGCCAUCCCGUGUCUCCAAUGACGAGGAACAGGCUUUGCCUAUUCUUAGUAUGUGGUGGAAAUCCUUUGGCUGCGCAGGUAGCAGAGCAGUUAGGGUGAGAGAAAGUCUAGGCCAAUUUUAAACAUAAUUAUAAAUGUUACUGACAUUUUUUCAAGUCUCUCUUGAUUUGUUUAAAUUGGUGCAAUGAGUAUGGAGCUUGGGAAAGCAAAACUCCUGAGGGCUGGGAUAAACUCCCUGCAUCAAGCAAUCCACCCUGUGCACGGGAUAGCUUGGACUGACGGGAAACAGGUUUGCCUCACUUCUUUCUACUUCGUCAACGGGGAGCCGAAGUUUGGUGACACCAAUGUCAUUGGGCAGUUUGAGCACGUCUUCGGGCUCUUCUGGGGCCCACUAUGCUGCUCCGAGUCUCCAGCCUUGCUCGCCGUGCAGCACAAGAAGCACAUCACCGUGUGGCAGCUACAGCUGAGCGCCCUGGAGCAGAAUAAGCUCCUGUGUACGCAGACCUGUGAGAUGAGCGAGCCAUUCCCUUUGCUGGCGCAGGGCUGCGUGUGGCACCCCAAGCUGGACAUUUUGGCUGUCUUGACCAAGCGGGACACAUCGGUCCUCUUCUCCGUGCGGAUUGACAACCGCAGGGUGAAGGCUGACAUUAAAGGCAGUGGGCUCAUUCAUUGCGCCUGUUGGACUAAGGAUGGGACCAGGUUAGUGGUAGCCAUAGGCUCUUCCUUGCAUUCGUACAUCUGGAACGACAUUCAGAAGAGCUUGGUAGCGUGCUCUUUCUGCCCCAUCUUUGAUGUGGGGGGCUACAUUUGUGCCAUUGAGUCCACAGAUGAUGCCCAGGUUGCUGUUGCCACAGAGCUGCCUCUGGACAGGAUAUGUGGCCUGAAUGCAGGUAUGUCUUUCGAAAUGCCUUCAGACUCAGACCAGUUGCCUUCACCUUCCCCCAUGGUGAUGUUUGAGGAUGACAACUUGGACCCAAGGAGGAAGUCUUUCGACUCUGACAGAUCCCUGUCUUUUGGCUACAACUCGCCUUCAUCCGGUGGACCCAUGGAUCUGACCCACAUUUUGGCCAAGCACAGAAAAUCUGACCCCAGCCCGCUUAUCCAUUUGAGAAGGCGAGACACUUUGACAGGAUCGGGGCAAGACUCAUCACAUUUGAUUCUGGUGACGUACGAGCGCAAAGUUACUACCACCCGCAAAGUCAGCAUCCCUGGCAUCCUGGUGCCUGACAUCAUAGCCUUUGACCCUCGGAGCGAUACGGUGGCCGUGGCCUCCAACACCUGCAGCAUGAUCCUGGUGUACUGCAUCACAGCCUCGGGCAUGCCCAACGUGCAGCAGAUCCAGCUGCAGCAGAACGAGAGGCCAAAGGGCGUGUGUUUCCUUAGCAACAAGCUGCUCAUGCUCAUGGUGGGCCGUCAGAAGUCCAGUGACCCGGCCUUCCUGCCCUCCUCCAACACGGACAAGUACAUCCUCCGGCUCACGGCCAAGGAGCUGCUGUUAGACGACGAAACGAUCCCACCCUCACCCCAGCACCGGGCAUCCCCCGUGAACUCUCCAGGGAUUAGGCGCCACUCGGAGCACUACUCUAAAGACGGCAGGCUCAGCGUGAGGGAGCUCAUUCUCCCAGGUGGCAGCGUAAUCCCCUGUCCCGGCAGCAGACAGAAGCUGGUGGAGGAGAUCGACAGCCCCGGAGCCAGCUCGACAGACUUCUCGGACCGCCCCGACUCCAGCGCCUCGUCCGUCACGGUCGACGCGUUCGAAAUGGACCAGAUGAGUCGCAUGGCGACUCUGCCCGUAGGCGGCCCAACGAGUCGAGAGUCCAGCCGGCCUGGCUCACCCCGCUUCGAUCUUUCUGAGAAGUUCCUGUCGGAACCUGCGCCAGCAAAGAGCAACUGCUUUUCCAAAGACAAAUCUUCGGAGCAGCUCUCGCAGGGCAUGGAGAAGAUUUUUGCCAGAUUCGCUGAAGUGCAGCAGUCCUUGACAGAGAUUCGGGACUACGCACAGAAUGGGAGGAAAGCUGUAGUGAACUAUCCUUCGUGUGCACAACCACCUUAUAUCAACAUUACAUUUCAGAGGCAGCUAUCGGAGAACGUGUUCAUAGACGAGAGGAGGCCUGUGCUGCUGUGUGAUGGGAAGCUGUGCUUGAAGAUGAUCCAGGAACUCUUUAGUCUCACUGUGGUGGAGAUGCAGCAUGGUCCUCUGUGGAUAGUCCUUGUUGCCGACGCAGAGGGCUUCGUACCACUGACGUUCAAGCAUGGCGAGCAGAUCACCAUCAGGAAUGGGAAGAGGAAGUUCCCUUUGAAGGGACACGGAGGCAUGGACGACUCGUGCUCAGAGAGACAGCUGGCCGGCUUUGGAGAAAACUGAGAAGCCAACAAACCAAACAAACACACAAGAGUCCGUUCCCCUUAGAACUUUUGUCUUGACCGAAGGUUCCCACCUCUAAGUUCUGAUCAGAAUGGUAGGAAAUGUGGGAAGCACUUGGAAGACCUGCUCCUCAUAACAUAUCAAAAGUUUAUUUUCUUACACUCAAAAUAAAAAAAUAUUUUUUGAAGGUUAUGUGAUUGAACGUUUACAUUAGAUUGUUUUUACUACAGAGCUGUGAUAGGCAUUUGGCUGUACAUUCAAGUCAAUACAAGUUGUUUGUUCAUUUGUUUGUUUUAAACAUUGAAUGACCGUACUGGAGUGCCUGCUCAUAGCUUGUUGGCCAGUAGUGUACAGCUUAUGUUUUAUCCGUUCAGGAUAAACCUUUCAUGUUACAUGAUUCUUCAGGAUUAAUAAAUUAUAUUUGUAUCAACCACAAAUCAAGUUCUGAUUUGAUCCCAACUACUUACACACUGCUGAAAAGUAGUAUCCCUAUUCCGCAUUACGUAACAAAGACUGAAGUGAAAUAAAUAACAAUUAUCUCAUGAUGGCAGAUCACAAUUUCUUGUAAAAGUUGUAUGUUCAUAUUAAAAAUAUAUAUUAUUUA